AUGUCGGCUUUAUGUAGGAGACGGCUCCAGGAGGAACGUAAGCAAUGGAGAAAAGACCACCCAUUUGGUUUUUAUGCAAAACCUAAUAAAUUACCUGAUGGAACUAUGGAUUUGAUGAAUUGGAGUGUUGGAAUUCCAGGACGUCCGAAAACAAGUUGGGAAGGAGGAAUGUUUAAGUUAACUAUGUUUUUUCCUGAAGAAUAUCCUACAAAGCCUCCAAAAUGCAAAUUUACUCCACCGCUUUUUCAUCCAAAUGUUUACCCAUCAGGGACAGUUUGUCUAAGUAUUCUCAAUGAGGAGGAAUCAUGGAAGCCUGCGAUAACAAUAAAACAGAUACUUUUAGGAAUACAGGAUCUUUUAAAUGAUCCAAAUCCUAAUAGUCCUGCUCAAAGCGAAGCAUAUACGUUAUUUAAAAAAGAUCGGGCUGCUUAUGAAAAACGUAUUAGGCAACAAGCUCGAGAAAUGGCUGCAUAG